AUACAUCCAAAAGAGAGAGUGAAGGCAAAAAACAUUAAAGCGGAAAGAAAGGGGUAAAACAAUAAUAGAAACAGGAGAGAAGCAGAAGUAAGAAGUAGUAGAAGAAAGAAACAAAAGUACUUCUUCUUCUGCUCUCUUCUCAGAACUUGUUUUGUACUUUCUUCCUUCUUCCCUUCUUCUUCUUGUUGUGAGCUCCCUACCCCCCAAUCUUCACUUUCUUUUCACUCCUUCUUCAGGUGUGAGCAUUGUUCUGUUUAUGAGAGGCAACUGUAGCUGGGAAGCUCAAGAUUUUUGUUGUUAGCUGUGGGCCUUUUUUAUAUACCUGUGGGGAUAAAGAAACAAUCAUGGGCUUACUCUGCAGCAGAAGUCGACAUCAUACUGAAGAUACUGAAGAGGAUACACAGGCUGCUGAGAUCGAAAGACGGAUACAGCAAGAAGCAAAGGCUGAAAAGCAUAUUCGGAAGCUUCUGCUACUUGGUGCUGGAGAAUCUGGAAAAUCUACAAUUUUUAAGCAGAUAAAACUUCUCUUCCAAACGGGAUUUGAUGAAGGGGAACUAAAGAGCUAUGUUCCAGUGAUCCAUGCCAAUGUCUACCAGACUAUAAAAUUAUUGCAUGAUGGAACAAAGGAGUUUGCUCAAAAUGAAACAGAUUCUGCAAAAUAUAUGUUAUCCACUGAAAGUAUUGAAAUUGGGGAGAAGCUAUCUGAGAUUGGUGGUAGGUUAGACUAUCCACGUCUUACAAAGGACCUCGCUGAGGGAAUAGAAACACUAUGGAAGGAUCCUGCAAUCCAGGAAACAUGUGCUCGUGGUAAUGAAAUUCAAGUUCCUGAUUGUACGAAAUAUCUGAUGGAGAACUUGAAGAGACUAUCAGAUAUAAAUUAUAUUCCAACAAAGGAGGACAUUCUUUAUGCAAGAGUUCGUACAACUGGUGUCGUGGAAAUACAGUUCAGCCCUGUGGGAGAGAAUAAGAAAAGUGGUGAAGUCUACCGGUUAUUUGACGUGGGUGGACAGAGAAAUGAGAGGAGGAAAUGGAUUCAUCUGUUUGAAGGUGUAACUGCUGUGAUAUUUUGUGCUGCCAUCAGCGAGUACGACCAAACGCUCUUUGAGGACGAGCAGAAAAACAGAAUGAUGGAGACCAAGGAAUUAUUCGACUGGGUUCUGAAACAGCCCUGUUUCGAGGUUUGUGAAGAAGAAGUUUGAGGAAUUAUAUUACCAGAACACGGCGCCGGAUAGAGUGGACAGGGUAUUCAAAAUCUACAGGACGACGGCUUUGGACCAGAAGCUUGUAAAGAAAACGUUCAAGCUUGUAGAUGAGACGCUAAGAAGGAGAAAUCUAUUGGAGGCUGGCCUUUUAUGACCUUAUUAUUAUAACUCUCAAGUAAAUUACUUACCUCUCCUUUUUUUAUAUAUAAGAAAAAUUCAAAACCUGAAUGACGACCUGUGUAAUUCAUCUAUCGGGACAACAAAACAAAAAAAAAAAACUUGCCGAUUCGAAA